CAUGUUGUUAUUUCUGUGUUUUGCUUGUGAAUCCAGCGGCUCUCUGUCGUGUUGUAAUGUGAAUGAGCCCAUUAUGCCCAGGUUGCCAUGGAGACCUGAAAGCUGCUUUGGGGCCCUUGAGUGUGAGAAUAGGGGAAAGUUAGUGCACGAGAACAAACCGGCCCGCACCGGACCGGGGCUUUCAACACUGCAUGAAGUGUGGCUUCGGUUCUGACGACGUAUCACAAUGUUCACGCUGUCUGAGCUGUGGUCGGGCGGUGAGCGUCAGGGCAGUUAUAAGCUUCUGAAGCCGUGGUGGGAAGUCUUCAUGGACUACCUGCUGGUGCUAAUGCUAAUGGUGUCCAUCCUCGCUGGGACUCUUCUGCUGUCCCGGGACGGAGUCGUGUGCGUCCCUGUUCACUCCUUCUCCACCAACUACAGCUCUACUAUGGAGCCCAUGUCAGAUUUCGUAUACACAGGUGCAAAACAGUCUCUCGGGAGUCCAGCAAAGGGGCGACGUACCAACUUGGACUACCAACAGUAUGUCUACAUCAGCCAGGUUUGCUAUCACGAGGCGCUUCCCUGGUUCUCGCGCUUUCUACCGUAUGUGACGCUGCUCCACACGCUGGUUCUGCUGGCUAGCGGCUGCUUCUGGUUCCACUUCCCGCUCACGUCCGCUCGUAUCGAGCACUUCCUGUCGCUCCUCGCCAAAUGUUGUGAAUCACCUUGGACAACAAGAGCGCUUUCGCACACGGCCAAACUGGAUACUCGCUUUUCGGAGGCAGAGCAAGUAACGCGACCCAAAGUGCAGGUAACAUCAUCGUACAAAACGCGAAAGUCGAGUUUGGACUCGGGAACGGACAGCCCUCUGCUGGCGGGAACUGAUAGUGCAUCCACUACGACACAACCGUCUCCAUGUCCCUCCACUUUAUCCCACUGCUCCACGCUUUCCGCUCGGUCGCUUAACGAGCCGCUUCUGCCAGCGCAAGUCGUCCCGGACGGGUCUAGACCGGGAGCCACAUUGGACCGCAGCGACAGGGAGCAGGCCAGAGCGUUGUUCGAGAGAGUGCGCAGGUUUCGCGCUCACUGCGAGAGUUCAGAUGUUAUUUUUAAGGUGUACACUGCUCAGACGGUGUUCAAGGUCCUGAAGUUCGUCCUAAUCGUGAGCUACACUACUCCUCUCCUGAGCUCCAUCUCCUUCAGUCAUGUCUGCCAGCUUCACUCUCACGCUCUGACCGGCUACAGCCUCUUCCAGUGCAGUCAUUCGCUGUCCUCCGUCCUGCGCAAGCUGAUGCAAGCCUACAUCUCUCUGCUGUUUCUGUUCGGCCUGCUGGGCGUCUACGCCCUCUUCUGGAUCUUCCACAAGUCUUUGAGGCAGUACUCGUUCCAGAGUCUACGUGAGAAAGGAUCCAUGUUAGACGCACCUGACCUUCACAAUGACAUGGCAUUCCUUUUGCACAUGGCCGACCAGUACGACCCUCUGCUGUCCCAGCGCCUGUCUGUGUUCCUUUCGCCGGUCAGCGAGACUCGCCUACUGGAGGAGAGUCUAGAGCGACGCUGGGGAGCCGAGCGCUUGCGGUCGAUGAUCACAAGUGACUCACAGGGCCAAUCUCUGCUGCAGCUCGUGGCUCUUCCUCGCCUGCCGCCGGCCCUCUUCACCCUCAGCCAGUUACAGGUGUUGAAACUGGAGCUGAUCGGAGACGCCAAACUCACAGCACAGAUAUCUAACAUGACCACACUCAGGGAGCUGCACCUCUACCACUGCACUGCCUCAGUGGAGCCCGCAGCCCUGCAACACCUUCAGGAACACCUGGAGACCCUGCACCUCACCUUCACCCACGCCUCCGAAAUCCCGGCCUGGGUCUACUCCCUCCGCGGCCUGCAGGAGCUGCACCUGAGUGGGAGGUUGAGCAGCGAGGGCGGGAUGGGGCGCGGCUGGGCCCUUGUGAGCCUCCGACAGCUGCGGCACCUGCGAGUCCUGGUGCUGCGCGGCGCGCUCCAGACAAUCCCGGGGGAGCUCAGCGAAUUAGCCGGGAGUCUGGUAAAACUGGAGAUAUACAACGAGGGAACUAGGUUGUUGGUGCUUACGGGACUGAGGCGUUUAGCCGGAUUAGCAGAGGUGCAGCUGAACGGAUGCCAGUUGGAAAGGUUGCCUUCAGCACUGCUAGCGCUCACAGGUCUACGUAUUUUGGACCUGCAACACAAUAGCCUGCGUACCUUAGAGGAGCUGUUGGGAUUGCAGCAUCUGCGCCGUUUGUCCAGUCUACGACUUGCUUGUAAUCAAAUCUUGGCUCUUCCGGCUACUGUAGGAGUGCUGCGCUCGCUAGAGCUCUUGGAUUUAGCGCAUAACCAGCUGCGAAACUUACCGUCGGCUCUCUUCACACUACGCAAACUGCGACGCCUCCUGCUGGCCGGGAAUCUUCUGGAAGUGCUUCCGGCGGAGGUUGGCGCUCUGACGCUGCUAAGCGAACUGGACCUCAGCGCUAACCGACUCGAACGCCUUCCCAAGGAGCUGUUUGGAAGCUGCAUAGAACUUCGCAGCUUGAACGUUGCGAAUAACUCGCUGGGAUCUUUGCCGGCGGGUCUAGGUGGGUUGACUCAGCUGUCCCAUCUGGAUGUGCGGGGCAACAGUCUGGAGGAACUUCCCGUCGAGCUGGGGUGCUGUUUUGGGCUCCGUGGGGGCGGGUUUCUUGCGGAAAAUUGGCUGAUGCACACCUUACCUCGGCAGGUCAGGGACGUCCUGCAGCAGACUGGCUCUUCUGAACCUCCGUCACGACCCAAUUCGGAUUGCUUUCCUAACUUUUCGACUGCGCAGUGGAGCUUUCACUCUGCACUGGAAUCUCGGAUAUAAAAUGAUAGCUUCAAAGUGAACUUACAGACUCUGGAGUUUGUUUUUUUAUUAACCAUAUUUUAACAACCCUUGUGGGAAAAGUGGUACACUUUGGUAUACCUUUAAAAAGAGUUUUUAAGAAAACUGUACUUUAAAAGAAUAUAUUUAAGUGUGAAUGAGUGUGCACUCAAAUAACCUGUAAAACAUAAAAGAAUAAUGCAAUAAUUUCUCCUUAUAGGACCUUUUUGGAAUAAAGGCUUCUUUAAAAUUGGGUCAAGAUCCCUUCGAUAGAGUUCGAUAGAGACACCCAUUGAACCAUUUUUCUAUUGUCUUUGAAAUAUGUUUAAAGUGCACUACUAAAUGACAAGCAUUUAAAGUAAACCAAAAUAUUUCAUUGUCUUUUCUAUUGAAACUUGUGUUAUAUUUUAAAUAUAUCAAAUUGCUACUUCAUCAAUAGGAUUAGGAAUAUUUUUAAAAACAUUAACUUAUUACAUGUUAUAUCAAAUGACAUGCUGCAGUACCUGUGCUUUAAUGUUAAUCGAAAUAAUGAGUGUAAGUUGAUAAAGCAUGACAAGAUCAUCAAAACAUAAUGGUUUAAAAUGUACUUUGAACUAAAACUUUUAAUUUGGCAUUAUUACUAAGUGAACAUUUUUUUUAAACUGUACCUUUUAGUGUAACUUUUUCACUCACUAAAGUGGCCUUUUAUUUAAUUAAUAUUAUAUUAUCUGAAAGUACUUUUUUAUACGCUUUUAAGAUGAUACCAUUCCUAUAUUAUUAUCAUAGUAAUAAUAUUACUAAACUGAGUCUGGAAGAGCCAAUCUCUUCCCUAGAAGACUUUUUGAUGUAACAUCUAUGGAUAAACUGUUGUGACAACGACAGACAAAAUUAAAAAACAUUUUACCUUAAUUAAUAGGUUGAUGUCUGACCCAAUGUGUGAGGUCCAAUUAACCCAUUGUAAACCUCUCUAUUCUU